AUGGACAGCAUUAUGGCUUACUUGGAGGUUUUACGAUUUGGCGUGGCCAGCAAAUUAUGGGACCAGGGAUUGUGUGAGAUCACAAAAUUUUGUUGCCAUGCGGAAAUGAAAGGAAGACCAGCUAUCACCACAAACGUUUUUGGUGAGCAUAUUAUCAUCAUAUAUGAUCAUGUGCUUUUUGUUUCACACAAUAAGAAUAAGACGCUGGAAAGUGUGGAAGGUAGUGGAAAGUGGGACCAUAACAAAACGUGA